GCUCGAGCUGGCGGGCCGCACAGGCAGGCAGCAGCCGCGGCAGGCGCACGAGCCGCGUCAAGGGAGCCGGGGACAGCAGGAUUUUAAGGAGGAGAGGGGCGAGAGGGGGCCGGGCUGGGCGGGCUAGGGGCACCGCGCUCUCCGAACAGCACGGAUCCUUUUUGGAAAUUAAUAUUAAAAAAAAAAAAAAAAGGCAGAGGGGAAGGUGGGAGCAAGAGAGAAGGCAAGACACACACAGAAAGAGCGAGAGACACAGAUCCCCACAGUGAGAGGAAGAAAGGCCACAGUCGCAGGCAGCCGAUGUGAAGACUGGACUCCGUGCGCCCCUCGCCGCCUCUGCCCGGCCACAUCGAUGUUGCAGCCCGCUCGCCCGCAUCACGAUGAACUCACAGCUGACCAUGGAGGCGAUCGGCGAGCUGCACGGGGUGAGCCAUGAGCCGGUGCCCGCCCCUGCUGACCUGCUGGGCGGCAGCCCUCACGCUCGCAGCUCCGUGGGGCACCGCGGCAGCCACCUGCCUCCCGCGCACCCGCGUUCCAUGGGCAUGGCGUCCCUGCUGGACGGCGGCAGCGGAGGCAGCGAUUACCACCACCACCACCGCGCCCCUGAGCACAGCUUGGCUGGCCCCCUGCACCCCACCAUGACCAUGGCCUGUGAAACUCCCCCAGGUAUGAGCAUGCCCACCACCUACACUACCUUAACCCCUCUGCAGCCGCUGCCGCCCAUUUCCACCGUGUCCGACAAGUUCCCUCACCACCACCACCACCACCAUCACCACCACCACCCACACCACCACCAGCGCCUGGCGGGCAACGUGAGCGGUAGUUUCACACUCAUGCGGGAUGAGCGCGGGCUGGCCUCUAUGAAUAACCUCUAUACCCCCUAUCACAAGGACGUGGCUGGCAUGGGCCAGAGCCUCUCGCCCCUCUCUGGCUCGGGUCUGGGCAGCAUUCACAACUCUCAGCAAGGACUUCCCCACUAUGCUCAUCCCGGCGCGGCUAUGCCCACCGACAAGAUGCUCACCCCAAAUGGCUUUGAAGCCCACCACCCUGCCAUGCUCGGUCGCCACGGGGAGCAGCACCUCACGCCCACCUCGGCCGGCAUGGUACCCAUCAACGGCCUUCCUCCGCACCAUCCCCAUGCCCACCUGAAUGCCCAGGGCCACGGACAGCUCCUGGGCACAGCCCGGGAGCCCAACCCUUCGGUGACCGGCGCGCAGGUCAGCAAUGGAAGUAAUUCAGGGCAGAUGGAAGAGAUCAAUACCAAAGAGGUGGCGCAGCGUAUCACCACCGAGCUCAAACGUUACAGCAUCCCACAGGCCAUCUUCGCGCAGAGGGUGCUCUGCCGUUCCCAGGGGACCCUUUCAGACCUGCUGCGAAACCCCAAGCCCUGGAGCAAACUCAAGUCGGGUCGGGAGACUUUCCGGAGGAUGUGGAAGUGGCUGCAGGAGCCGGAGUUCCAGCGCAUGUCCGCGCUCCGCUUAGCAGCCUGCAAAAGGAAAGAGCAAGAACACGGAAAGGACAGAGGCAACACCCCCAAAAAGCCCAGGCUGGUCUUCACAGACGUCCAACGUCGAACUCUACAUGCAAUAUUCAAGGAAAAUAAGCGUCCGUCCAAAGAAUUACAAAUUACCAUUUCCCAGCAGCUGGGGUUGGAGCUGAGCACUGUCAGCAACUUCUUCAUGAACGCGAGGAGGAGGAGCCUGGACAAGUGGCAGGACGAGGGCGGCUCCAAUUCAGGCAACUCAUCGUCUUCAUCAAGCACUUGUACCAAAGCAUGAAGGAAGGACCGUGGACUAGAACCUCGGUGGAAAAGCUUUAAAUUAAA